AUGAAGUUUUUGUGUUUGCAUGGAGCCUAUGGCAACAUUGCAGCAUUCCGUGUCCAGCUGAAGCCCAUGACGGACCUCCUUGAGUCUGAUGGCUCGGCCUCGUUCGAAUUCAUCCAAGGCCGAGUAUCGGUAGCACCACCUCCCGGCUUUGAGUCAUAUUUCGGCCCCAAACCACACUUUCGUUUCCUCAGAGACAGAGGAGAAGCCGAGGCGUCAGCUGUUGAGGGAAUUCGAGUGUUCCCUGAAGCCGAAACCCCUGAAGAUGCUCUGCGUGCCCUCAUGCCCAAAGACGACGUGCAGGUCGGCUUCGCUGAUGCUAGAGGACUUGCCCUUGACCAGCUCUACGAAGCACUCGAUGCAGACCCUGAAAUCGCCGGUAUCAUCGGGUACAGCGAGGGCGCGUCUGCCGCAGCCACACUCGUCUACGACGAGCAGGAGAGAAUGAGGUCUGAGGGAUAUGUUCCAAGAAUCAAGGCGGCUAUCUUCUUCAUGGGUUGGCCUGCACUUACUGCCGAGAACGUGCCUGCCUUGUCGGAUGAGGUCGAAAACCUCCUUGAGGUCCCAUCAUUGCACAUCGUCGGUGCCAAUGACCCAUACAAAGACGGUGCGCUUGCAUUGUACAAUCUCUUCGAUGACAACAUGGCUGUGUUUUUCGACAGUGCGGGUGGUCACACUAUCCCUCGACACGGCAAGUUGCUACAGGAGUUGGCUCAAGCAGUGAAGGACUUGAUUGCCAAUGUACCAGAGAACAAUUCUGUGGAGUUUGUCGCACCGGCCGUGGCGGCCAAACGUUUAGACUCCGCUGUCGACAUUCCAUACCUAAGUUCGCUGAAGAUAGAGAACAUGUAG